CAUCAUCACGGCCACACAGGAUAUCCAGUAUAAGAGUAACCCUAAGCAGAUAAAAUAUUCAGCUUGAGAAGCGAAGCUAACAAACAGUUUUAUGAUCGCUGUUGACUGGUUACGUUGACAACAAGCAGAAUGGGCAAUAUUUAUGUGUUCGUCGUCAUUUUACUCGUGUGUUUUACGGGGGUUGCCUAUGCCUUGACCUGCCGCCCUUGUGAACUGGACAAAUGCUCACCACUUGACCCAUCCGAUUGUUCAGCAGGAACGACAACCGACGAAUGUAGGUGCUGUACAGUCUGCGGAAAGGGAGAAGGAGAGUUGUGUGAAGGACCCUGGCACGUUUGGAGGGGUAAAUGUGCAGAAGGUCUAAUCUGUGUCGAAGAGGAGCUCCGCUCAGAUACGUUUACACCUUUACCACGAGGUCUGAAGGUUUGUCGCAAGCUUUAAGAACGUGAACAAAGUUAUGAACAUCGGAAAUGUCUACACCAGUGUAGUGGGUAGUAUAGUUUCAACUAACGCGUAGAUUACUAACUCAUUGGUAGUAUAAUGGAAUAUAUUACGAUUAUAUUAAUAAAACAAUUUUGUUACACUAAAAAUACUGUAACUAUACUGCUCCUGUAAUGCUUCGAUAAUUGAUUUCCUUUUUUUGUCUAUUAUCAAUAUAAUGCAUACAUUUGUUGUC